CUAAUCUGCCUAUGUAUUUGCAUGCAUGUAUGUAUAUAAGGAAGAGUCACGUGACUCACGUUAGUUUAAACUCUAUAAACACCUGCUAGAUUCUUACUUCCAUGGCUCAUUAAUAACAUAUAUAGCAAUGUCUGCAUUUGACACAAAUGCCACCAUCUCAAAACACUACGUUAGCUUCGCCGGAAAAUCCAUAGAAACAAUUGUCGCCGACAAAGGUGGCGACAUAGAUGAAUGGUUUCACCAAAUCCUUUCGUUAUAUGCUGGAAAACCCACUGUAGUAGGCUUAGACACUGAAUGGAGUCCCAGUAAAAAAGCUGCAAUCCUGCAGCUUUGCAUAGAUGAAAAGUGUCUAAUCGUUCAACUCAUUUACAUGGAUAAAAACAUCCCCCAAUCGCUCAAGAGCUUUUUAGCGGACUCCAACUUCACUUUCGUGGGGAUUGAGGUUGCCAUGGACAUAGCCAAACUGAGGGAUGGGUACGAGAUAGAAUGUACGAAAAGUACAGACAUUGGCAAGGUGGCAAAGAGUCGGUGGCCAGGAAGGUUUCGUGGGCCCAGCUUGAAAGAACUUGCAUUGGAAGUGGUGGGUCUGAAUAUGAGGAAGCCGAAAGAUAUUUGCAUGAGUAAUUGGGAGAUUGUAGAAACUGGUUGGACUAAACCAAAGGCUACAACUGCCAAGCUAACUAUUGUUGAUACAAGCGCACAACUUUCUAAUGACAAAUCCCCCAUGCACUUUGUCAAGCACUUUCACCUGCGAAAUUCUCAUGAAUUUCACAUUGUGAAUUUGCUCGUGAAGCAUGGAAAAUUUUGGAAACAACAUAUGAAGGCACGAAAAUUGUCAAAUUCUCCAAACUUCAUAUAAUGAUUUCAAAAUUUGAGGAAAUUAAGAUGUCUGAGAAUAAGACUUUUAAUGAGUUUUACACCAGAGUCAGCGACCUGAGGAACUCGAUGGUGAGUCUUGGGAAGAAGGUUUCGGAUGUGAAACUCAUUAAAAAGAUUCUGAGAUCUUUGCCUGAGCUUUUCAGAAUUAAAGUCACAACCAUUGAAGAAAGCAAGGAUCUAGAUGAUAUGAAAAUUGAAGAGCUCAUGGGAUCUCUUCAAACUUACGAGUUUUCCCUGGCUCUAGUCAAGAAGGCAAAGACAAUUGCUCUCAAGGCUGCCAAGAAGAAAAGCAGAGUCUCCUUCGAUGAAGACACUGAUGAUUAGAAGGAUGCAGUUGCUAUGCUUGCCAAGAAUUUUGGUAAACUGAUGAAGAAUGACAGAUUCAAAAAGAAGUUUACAGAAAGACUGAAGAGAGCCCCCAAGGAAGCUGAGUCAGAAGAAGCUAAGAAGAAGGAUCCUAUAGGUCUUAGGUGGUUUGAGUGCUCAGGCUACGAGCAUGUAAGGGUAGAUUGUGGGAAUCUCAAGCAGGUCAAGGGGAAGGCAUACAACGUUUCUCUCAACGAUGAAUAUGAAGAAGAAGAGAUCCCAUAAAAAGAUUAGAAAUUUCUGGCCUUCAUAGCACCACAUGAAUAAUCUGAAGGGUCCCAAUUCUACUACUCUGAGAGCAGUGAUGAUGGGGAAGAGGCCUACAAGAUCCUCUAUGUCAAGUUCUUGAAGCUAAGGGAGAAACACCAACAACAUGUGAUGGAGUUGAACAGUUUGAAGACUAAGAAGAGCACUUUGCUUCUCAAAAUCACAAAUGUGACGACUUUUUUUUUAAAAAAAAAAAAAAACAUACAAACGGAUCAUUACAGUGGCAUAACUAUUUGUUGCUCAACCAACAUAUGGCACAUGCCCCAUAACAUGUAUCUGA